AUGAGGGUGCUGGAUUCGUGGCCCUCCACGGGACAUGACCUCGAGUUCAAUGAGCUCAUCCCAACGCAUGAUAAGACGGAAGCUGCCAUCUUGGACCAACUACGGCCGUUGCUCCCAGCAUCUCUGGAUCACCUGCCUCUCCUUCAGAACCAGGAUGAGCCGUCACCAGUAGUCGACUCAUUACCACCAUCAUCACCGCCAGACCUGCCAGCACAAUGUCAUGCGAUUUUCCCAGACGCACCUUCCCUGCCGCCAGUGUCCCUGCCAGGGCCAGAAGACUCGUCUUGGUCACCGCCCCCAUUAUUGCCAGACAACUGCCGCGCAAUCCUCCCAGAUGCACCUUGCCUGCCGCCAGUAUCAUUGCCAGAACCUCAGGGAUCAUGCUCAUCACAGUCUCCAGAGCCCGAACUCGUCAGUUUGGAAAUGGCGGUUGUCGCCCAGGCGGUCAUCGCCCAGACAUCAGAAACCCUCAAUGAGACACCAGCACCUUGUUUGCCUAGCCCGGUCCCGCCAAACCAGCAACUUUCUGUCGAGAUACCUGUUUCGACACUUAUUACGCCAAGAUCCCUGCACGAUGGAUUUGUACCUCCCUUCCCCGUGGUUAAGGAGCGCAUUGCGGUGCAGGCCCUGAAGGAGGCCCAUGGCGCCAUGGAUGGCGAGUUCGUGGAAUUUGACUUGGACCGGUUCUCGUUCUAUCUGGAUACGAAACACUAUCCUUUGGAAAUGAGGUCAUUGCAGCACAUAGGCAUGAGGAAGCCCACCGACCGGUACUACUUUGACGGUGUGCUCAGCUGGAAGGGUCACAAGUAUUUUGUUCAGAAAGUCGAGGUGGCUGAACUUCCCAUUGGCAACUAUGGGGUUGAGCACCCGAGCGUGGAUGGCGAAGUCUGGGUUCGUUCGGUCUUUAAUUCGAGAACUGAGGUCUACUAUCGACUGCGGAGGCCAACGGUUGAAUACAAAAGGUUUUACGAACCGUUUGUAUGGGCCAUGGAUCUCGCCAAGCACGUUGUCGACUAUGCUGGUUACUUGCUCCAGGAAAACCGCAGUCUUUGUCUCGAAGUCUUCAAGAAUUCUUUCUCUGAGUGGCUUGAGAGCACCCACGGCGGAUCUGCCGCUUUCCGAAAGUGGCGGCGACAGUAUCCUAGGAUUGACUUCAGGGUUGCAGUCGCCAACAACAUCGACUUUAUUUGGAAAGAAGUCUUUGGGGUUCAUGGGGAAAAGAAGGCCGGCUCGAUGAGACUAUUUCGGGAGGCGAUGAAUGUCGAUAUCUACGAGUCUAACAAAGCUGUGCCGGAGCUCCCGAAGCUUCUGGAGGGCAGGCCGAUGAAGCAGGAUGUUGAGGUGGCUCCGACCAUCGUAACGCCGUAUAUCAAUGAGUUGUUUGGACAUAUGGUUCUUGGGAAGGUAUUCCAUGUGGUGUCAAGUCCAGAUGGAGGGCUUCGAACACCAGUGUCGGCCCGGGAAGCGACACCAGAUGUUCAGAUCAAGAUGGAGUGUAAUGUUCCUGGGAGGCGCCGAGGGACCACACAAUUUUUACCUCUCCACGUUACUGAUGCAAUCCAAGUUGGCGACACCAUCUCUACUCCACACGAUGAUGAAAGCACAAACACCAAGUGGAAGAAGGAAGAGGGGGUGACCGACUCGCGCUGGUUCGGUCUGGUCCAAAAGGUUCACAAAGCCAAAGAUGGCGCCCGAAGCUUCGAUGUCACGUGGCUAUACCGACCUGCAGAGACGCCGUGUUGUUUGAUGCGAUACCCUUGGCCGAACGAGCUAUUCCUGAGCGAUCAUUGUACAUGUGAGGAGGGCAAGCAUGCUAGGGUUAAAGAGCACGAGGUCAUGGCUGUCCACAAAGCCAACUGGUUCGGCAGCCCAGAGACCAGCGGUGACGACUUUUUUGUCCGGCACACUUACAUUGUGGAACACCGACGCUGGGUAUCACUGCAAGAGUCGCACAUCAGAUGCUCUCAUGGGUCAGAGAAGCUCGGUUACAAAUCGGGCGACACAGUCCUGGUACUGUUGAACUUGUCGGACAAAUAUACGGAGCCUUGUGAGAUUGUCAAGGUGUUCAAGCAAGGCAAGACCAUAUUCGUGCGGCUCCGGAGGCUCCUCAGGCGCGGGGAGGUCGAUUCUGUGGUCAAGAACGCCGCCACCAACGAGCUCGUCUAUACGGACAAGUUUGUGGUGAUGAAGCCUGACAGAAUCACAGGGAGAUGUCAAGUGCGCGUCUUCGAGGCUGAUUCGCCUAUUCCAAGCCCAUACAAUCGCGGCGGAACUGGGAAUCUCUUCUAUAUCACCCACCAACUUAACGGCACUCGACAAAAGGUUGUUCCUCUUGGCAACAUGCCUUUGACCAUGCGUCAGGGCUUUGAUCCAAGGGCAGACAAUGUCCGCAAGCUGCGGGGAAUGGACUUGUUCUGUGGGAGUGGUAACCUGGGACGAGGUCUUGAGGAUGGUGGCGCCAUUGAAAUGCGUUGGGCUGCCGAUACUUGGGACAAGGCUAUCCAUACCUAUAUGGCCAACGCCCCUGACCAAGACAUCGUGCAUCCUUUCUAUGGCUCGGUGGAUGACCUUCUACGGCUAGCUCUGGAGGGAAAGUUCUCGGACAAUGUGCCUCGACCAGGCGAUGUGGAAGUCAUCUCAGCGGGCAGCCCCUGCCCUGGGUUCUCACUGUUGACCAUAGACAAGAAGGACCUCAAGCAAACAAAGAACCAGUCCAUGGUGGCGUCCUUUGCGGCCUUUAUCGACUUUUAUCGCCCAAAGUACGCUGUUCUCGAAAACGUCGCCUCGAUCGUCCAAGCACACCAAAACCGAAGCCAAGACACGCUGUCCCAGCUGUUCUGUGCUGUCAUCGGCCUGGGUUACCAAGCUCAGCUGGUGAAUGGGGAUGCCUGGACCUACGGUGCGCCCCAGUCGCGUAACCGGGUGUUUCUCCUCAUUGCAACCCCCGACGUGCGCUUGCCUGAAGCACCCGCACCCUCACAUUCCCACUAUCCGGGGACAAAACAGCGGGGUAUUGGGAAACUGUGCAAUGGCGAGGCUUAUGUCCAGCGAUUUCUUGAUAUUUCCACGCCGUUUAAGUACACCAGCUCGUCCGAGGCGACGGCAGAUCUGCCCGACAUUAUCGAUGGCAUGGUGGAUGCUUGCGUAUCUCACCCGGAGCACCGUCUAACUAUAGGCUUCACCGGAACUAUUCGACAGCAGGUGGCUGUAAUUCCCAUUUUCCCCCACGGCAUGAAUUUCGUCAAGACGUGGAAUGGCGGAAAGGGGGUGAUGACGGUGGCGGACAGGGAGCUGUUCCCCAGUGGUGAGGGCGCGAUGCGCGGUCGGGUUGCCAGCACCGCACAGGGGUGGUCAAGACUUGCGCCGAACCUUGCGUUCCCUACCAUCACGACGGCGUUGGACCCUCGGGACGCGAGGACCGCGAACGGCUUGCAUUGGAGGGAGAGCAGGCCCUUUACCUUGGCAGAGGCUCGAAGGGCGCAGGGGUUUUCGGAGGAGGAGGUGCUGCUGGGGAGGCAGUCGGAUAAGUGGAAGUUGGUGGGGAAUAGUGUGUCGAGGCACAUGGCGGUGGCGUUGGGGCUGAAGUUUCGGGAAGCCUGGACGGGGUGUUUGGGGGAUGAUGGUCGGGGGAGGAGGGAUGGUACGAUGGAGACAGGUGUUGAGGAUGCAAUGGAAGAGCAGCUCAGGAGGGAGGAGUGGGAGGAGAUGGCGGGGUUGGUGGCUACGAAUGUGGAGGGUGUGGAGAUUAACGGGUAUGGCAACCGGCUUUUGUCUGAGGAGACGGUUAAGGGGGGGGGGGCGGGGGGGCACGUCAACAAGAUUCAGCAGGUUGAGAGGGUGAUGGUGGCUCGAAUGGCGGAGAAAGCUUCUACUGCGGGCAGUUCUGAGGUUGCUCAGAGCGAGUCGGACAAUGCGGUGCAGUCGCUUCCUUCGCCGUGUACAUCACUGGAGAAGUCGCCGGGUCCGGCGAAUGUGCGGAUCUCGGGGGAUGAUGGACAUUGA